CUUUUCCAAUCCCGCCUUCUCGAUGAUCAAAACUAUUAUUAUGCUUACCGGCGAGUUCGAUAUUCCAUUCGCGAAGCACGACUCCGCGUGGAGCGGUGUUGUGCUCGUGAUAUUCGUUUUUCUCAUGGUCAUCGUAUUCAUGAGUAUGCUAAAUGGUUUGGCAAUUAGCGACGCCACCGAGAUUCUGAGCAAGGCCGAAUUGCAUGGUCUUAUUCACCGGUUAUAUCAGGUUGCCUACUUCGAGAACAUUGUCUGCACGAUCGGCGAAUUGCCUAAAAAAUAUUUCGGUAACCUCAUUAGUGAUAUUUUUCUGUUUCCACAGCUAGAAGACUCGAUCAUCUUAGACCGAGUCAGCUGUAAGAUUUAUGAUAGCAAGUUGAAAUAUUUGUUAAGCAAAUUUUAUUUGAAAAUGGAUUACAAUAUAUUCAAACAAGUUAAGCAAAUUAUCCUUAAUUUAUCCAAAAAUCAAUUUUCGAAUAAUGAUGGAAUAACGAAUGCGGAAAUGGAUUACGAUAUACUUAAACAAGCUAAGCAAAUUAUCCUCAAUAAAAAUCUACUUUUGGAUAAUGAUAGAAUAAUGAAUGCGUUAAGUAAGUUGCAGGAUGCGAUGGGAAUCGAAUAGGACUGAAAGUUUUACAAUGAAGUCCAGAGUGAGUUUUAUAUUUUAUUUUCCACAGAUGUAUUAAUAAAUAUUGUAAAAUGCUGUGACAAUAAUUAUAAUAUUAUUUGUAAAAGAGCAAAUGCUUUUUUGUGUAUAUAUAGUGUAAAAAGUUCAUAGAACUUGGGAAAAACAGUCGAAUUAUACUGGAUAAAAGUACAUUGAACGGAAAUUACUCUUUAUACGCGUCUGUUUCUCUAAGUUCUAUGAACUUUUUACAUUAUAUAUAUAUGGCAUAUUUACUUUUGGUAUCGAACGUAGUACUGUAUCUGAUAUUUACGUAUCCGAAGUAACGGGAAGUAUUAAUGUUCAGAAUGCAUGCAAAAGAAUGGCGUGCAACGUUACCGCAUCUUGGCAAUGUGUACAGAAGUCCACAAGUUUGUAUUAUAUAGAGAUACCUGUAUAAAAGCAGUGUACUCGAUUGCAUUAUAACAGUUAAUAAGUCGCGAUUCACAAAAGUAAUGCGGCAUCGUUAUAUGUUUGCAUAUUUUAAAGGAAACGACGCAAGAGAGAUUGAAUAAAGGGCUGCUGGAGCGUUUAUAGCACAGAGUUAUUUGCUUGCAUUUAGCAACUUUUAAUGACUCGUAACGCGGGCGAUGCGAUGCAAACGAUAAAGAAACUUGUGAGAUGCCAGCAACAAAGUGAUUACUGCUCCAGCGCAUUACGUUCGCUUAUUAGGAAAACAUUUUUUUUUAUUGUAAAUCUAUUAAUGUACUUCACGUAUAUUACAGUGUAAAGAAAAAUGUAACUCAAAGCGUUUAAUUUAUAUACAUUGAGCAGCGUACUAUUUUUGUCAAAUUAUCUUUUAACAAGAUUUUGCAAUUCAACUUCUAUUCCUUUCGUGGGCGAAGAUAUUGAGAAUCGUGCCAUCGAUCACAGCCUUUCAAUUUUUAAUAUUUUCAUAAAUUAGAACUUAUAACAUUAUAUCGUAAUUCUAUUCAAAGUUUAUUAAAUUGUAAAUAUCACAUUA